AUGUUUUUCGUGGCUCGAACCUCCUUGCUCGUUUGCAUUUCUCUCGCAAUAGUCGUUCACGGACGAUCCCUUUCCGAGGAUUCCAACGGCAGCGAAAAUGACCUCAGCAUAUCCCCUGAGAACUCGACGAGGCGAUCUACCAGGAGCUUAUUAAUAGGUCACGGGAAUGGAAUUAUUCAUAAAGUGAUCGACAUUGUCUUAAAGCAUCACCAAGCGCCUAUUUUCAACAGCCCACCAGUUGGUGACGACGACGACUAUCCGGAUCGUAACCCGGGUAGCGAGGGAAAUGGAAGGAAGAACAACAAGGACCUCGAAGUCUCCUCGAAAAUCAAUGCUUGCUUUCAGAAUCAUGACCUCUGCGAGAACAUCAUCCCAUCAGGUGGAAGACUUGGACCGCUUUACAAUGACGGUGAUUGCCCACGAUACUCGUGUCGAUGCGAAAGAGAAUUUUUCGAUUGUCUCAAAAAGAUCGACUCUAUGAACUCAGAUGAGAUCGGAUUUAGGUACUUCAAUGUUUUGAGGCCUAAGUGCUACGCUAUAAUGCCUCCAAUGAUCGGUUGUGCACAGUUCUCCAGGUCUAACCCCCCUAAAUGCCUACUUUACGAACCAGGCACCGAACCAGGUAUGAAACUCCAAUGGGCUGACACCGAAGACUGGCUCGAAUGAGAAACGAAUUUUUUCACUGUGCUUCCCUCGCUGUUGUGAUCAUUGUAUUGCUACUGGAUGGACCCUGCACUCUGAAAUCGAAAUGAAAUAUAAAUUUUUCAUGACAUAA